AAGGUUGUAUAGUGACGCUAGAAAGUAGGGUGGCAGAAGAUUUGUAUCACACCUGCCGCAUACCCCACAUUAAUUAAUGCCCUGUUCUACAAGAUAAAGAUGAUUCAAGAAUAUACCAACCAAUCGACAUUCGACCAAUAAUCAAAGGGUAACAAAUAAUCAUGUUAACAUAAAUAAUAAUGAUAAAAAUAGCAGUAUCAUAAUGAUUUAAGGGGGCCAGCUCGAAAGCGUCCUGGUAAUGGUUCUCCCAUCUUCUAAGCUCCUAAAAUGAUUAUCUCUGUUUCUUUUAAUUUCAACAGUUUUCUUAUUUUAUCGCAAUUCCAUUUUUGUAAGACUUUGGUACAUAAAACAAGGUAUACCGCGUUUUAGGAUAUUUCGUCAUUCCACGUCUUAGGAUAUUCCUUCAUUCCACCGUUCAACCAUCUCAUCGUUCCACCGUCGUUGGACGCCACUAUGAAAUUAUUUUGAGGUGUCUAUCGUCUUUUGUAAUGACACAGCAAGAACUGAAAGGUUUUGUUUUCGGAUUUACGUAAUUAAUUGGUUGAAACAGUAAAAUGCUCCCAACUGAGGUAUAUCUGCAAGGUAUAUCUGUUUUUAAUCGCGUGCAAACCUGGAAUGAUUAUGAACUGUUUAUCGUCUUUUGCUGUCUUCUGCCGUGUCACGCCAAGAACUGAUAACAGUUACCGCUGAAAAACGGCUUCCUUGGAUCUCCUAGGGGACAGAACACAUUCCAUUAUCUUGAGUUGAUGUGUCAUCAUUUAUUUAUUAUGGAAAUUAAUCAUGCUGAUAUAGAACCAGACAGACAGACUGACAGACUACUUGUUAGACAAUUGAUGAAGUCACGCAAAUCAUUCGGCAGUUAUUUUGCAUGAGAGUCAUACAGACUUAGUUGUGACAGUGAUUUCUCUGUUACCAGUAUUACACAAAUUUACUGUCCUUAGUAAAAUGUUAAUAGUAAUUCAAUAACAGCAGUACCUCACGAUAUAAUAGAAGUCACCUUGACGAAUGGUAUAGUAUUUAAAUUUUUAUUUAUGAUUUCAAGAUGAUUUAUUUCUUCCCAACUACAGGGAUGUUUUUGCUGACGAAAAACCGGUUUUUAUUUUCAACUUCCCCUAUUUUCCUUACUUGUUGAAUUUUCCGCUCCAAGGUUCGUGAAAGGGGCUAUUCCUUACUCUUAUGCCAAGUGAUUCUGGGAUUUUUUAUAAGAAUUUUAUACUGAUGUGUGACAUGGCAAAUUGAUGUAACGCGCGAUGUCACGCAAAGUGAACGAGACGCGUCUAUUGCUGGGAUACGUGGGAUACAAAAUGGCGAGGACGAGGCACAAUAACAUAAAGGUCUCUUUCAUGUUUUUAUAAAGCUAAGAGGUCAAGGCUCAUAUUUACACGACAAACCAUAUAUAUAAACGACAGGGAGCCAUAUGGCAAAUGAAAGUUUAAAAUAUUGCGAAGACUACCUUCUCAGGAAAGAGGGACGAAGUAAGUGGAUACAAUAUUGGGUGGUUAUAAGAGGCGUUUGGAUGUUGUUCUACAGAGAUCAGGCGACAACCAAUCGAGACAAUUUUAAAGGUUCCAUCGAGCUAACGUCAUGCACAAAGUGCAACAUACCGAGAAGAGGAAAUUACAGCUUUCCGUUCCUUGUCGUCACAGGAAGAGGAACGCAUCUGUUCAAGUGCGACACAAAUUUAAAACGACACCAAUGGAUGUAUCACAUUAACUUGGCAGCGAAGGGUGAUACGCCGACACCGCCUCCCGUAACUGUCCCUUCCCCGCGCUCUUCAUCUACGGAAUUAAACUCUCAAGACGCCGAGGUGAAUCACGUAGAGAUAGACAGGCGGAACUCUGAGUCAGAAGAAGAUGACGUCUCUCUUCCACCAGGGGUGAUUCUUGUUACCACGCCCAUGGAAGAAUUGCCUCACGACGAGAAAGAAUCAAAUGGACGCUCUAGCUCAAUUCAAGAUCCAGUACAAGAUGACAACCUCAGCAAUGCUGUGCUAACGACAGGAAUCACUGGGGCAACGAGUGUCGUCAGGAAACCGCAAAAGUUCUCUGUCAAAGCAUCUACAUCUCAGCACAAUACAAUGGGCGUGUUUCCAAGUCAGCGGAAUUAUUUUGGUCUUAGUCCUCCCUCGGCCAUUUCAUGGGGUCGAAGUAGUCCUGAUCGACCAAGCAGUAGUCCCAGUCUUAAUCACACGCGGAAGUAUUUAGGAACUCAACAGUUGGCAAGCCUACCGCAGACCAACAACAGAUUUUCACGACACAUGGCAAAUUCUGUACCUGACAUAAAAAUGUUAUCACUGGACGAUCCAAACUGAAAUCGAGAUAACGAAUUUUCGUCGGGAAUAAUUUCGCGUACUUGUCGGUCUUGAGGGAUGUAAAUUGUAAAAUGGCUCAAAAUUUCGAAUAUUUAUGUUGUGUUAAAAGCAAGUUUUACACGAACUGCAAAAAGCGAGGCGUGAUUUACGUUUAAUUAGCAUUUUGAGCAAACAUAAAACUUGUUGCCAUUUCUGUCACGUAUAAGUUCAGUGCUCGCAACUUUGGUAAAUGAGAAGCUAGGAAGGAACAUGGAGAGAAAGAAAACGAACUAACAAACAUUUUUCUCCAACAUGGAGGAAUGUUGCAAUUUUUUGUGAGAAGUAAACAAAUCAGAGAAAUUCUACCACAGUAUAAGCGAGGCCAAAAGAUAUGACUUGCGACACAAUGAGUGGGAAAAGGCCUGAAACAAGGGCCAAGCGUGAGAAAUUAUCGUGUUCUGAUUGGUUACAGUAAGUUAGAUGACGCGUGGAACCAAUAAGAUAUUACGCAAUGCAGUAAAAUGUAACCUUAAAGAAACGCAGUUAAAUUCUCUGCUCCGACGAAAUUAAAGCUGCUUCGUUCAGCUAUUAGUUUUGUUUCUAUGCAAAGGAGAAGCGUUUUAUCGUGUGAAAAAUUUGUUAAAUAAAGUAAGUUAAGUAUUUGAAUUAAUUUAUAUAUUUAAAAUGCAGUAUUCGUCAUUGUAAAAUAGACGUUAAGUUCAAAAGAAAGGGUGACUUUUUUUAGAAAGUUUGCACGAUGAUGGGACGAAAAUAUGAAUAAAAUUGUUGUGCCA